GUUCUCGAUAUUUACACAAGUGACGGGUUUCUCUGACUGUCCUAUUUUCCUGUAAGCAGUGCUGGAGUCACACACAGAUCCUCUCUGUCAGGAUUUAGAUAACUGAAGGGAAUAAGCAGAAUUUUGGAUUAAGUGGACAUCUAAACAAUCAAAUUAGUAGCGGUGAAGAUGAAUUCCUGGCUCCUGCGCGCGCUCGCGGUGAUGGUCGUCUUCUGUUGCCGUGACGCCCUCUCGUGUCCGAAGCGAUGCACGUGCCACUUCAGCGCCAAAACAACCGAGGUGGUGUGUCCUGACGCUGGCCUCUCGCAUUUCCCUGGAGACGGUCUUCCAGGAAACACCACCUCCCUAACCAUCCAGUUCACCAACAUGAGCGUGCUGACCUCGCAACACUUGACAGCCAUCCCACUGCUGGAGGAGUUACACCUGCCCGGAAACAAACUGAGCAGUUUACCAGCAGAUCUUCUGAGGGGCCUUCACUACCUGCACACUAUAGACCUCACAGAUAAUGAACUGCGAGAGCUCCCUGCAUAUGUUUUCCAUCACGCUCCACUUCUCAACCUGGUGUUGAAGGACAACCGCAUCUCCAGCAUCCACCCAGACUGGUUGCCCAACAACAGCAAUAUCACUUGGUUGGACUUGUCCGGAAACCAUCUUGUGAAAUUCCCAAUACCCCAACUCCAAAGUCUGAGUCAGCUAAAGGUUCUGCACCUCUCGCAGAACAAACUCGAAGAGCUUCCAGUUGGGUGUUUAGAUGCUCAGCCCGCUCUAGAGAGACUUAAUUUAGACCAGAACAAAAUCCAGUCCCUGGAUGUAAAAGCCUUUAGUCGCUCUGGUAACUUGACUCACAUAUUCCUGCAGAAAAAUAGAUUAGAGAUUGUCCCACCAGCUGUAUUCCAGGGGCUCAAGCACUUGGAGUACAUCGACCUCAGUGACAACAAGCUGCAGUUUUUGUCCCCUGGCACAUUAGACAUUAAUACCAGUUGGGUGGAGUUGACCUUUAACCCUUGGCAUUGUGAUGCUAAAAUAGAGUACCUGGGAGAAAACUUGCUGUGGAGUCCCUGCAAUCAGAGCCCAAAUGUACUGCACCAGAGAAUCUGAAAGAUCGUGUCAUCGCAACACUCACCCGCAAAGAAAUGGGCCUGCCGGAGUAAGAGAAACAACAUGAUCUGGAAGAGAUGUAGAUUACAAUAAAUGAUUUUUUUUAGCUUUAAGAGGGGACACAACACCAUAGUGGAUCUUAAAAAAAAAAUGGAUCAUGUGAAUGCUUGCAAUCUGCAUUGCAAAUAAAGAUUUAUUAAAUUUUC